UGCGGACCACAAAGACUGGAUCGGUGCACACCUUCUAACACAUUAUACCCAUUGUCAAUGACAUGAUGUACUCGGAUUCCUUUCUAGGAAUACCACCAAAACAUGUGAUGCACCAAGCCUUCCCUCAUUCUUGCGCUCUGCAGGGCGCUUGGGGGAAUCACGUGACCACCCUCCUGGAUGAGGCUUAGAUUACUCGCUGCCUGGGUCGUUACGACUCGGUAGUCGAGCGCGAAUUUCCGUCCCUGUGCCCUCCUCCUGUCUCUGAAGAUGCGACUGCACCGGCACUGUACGCAGAAUGAGACGCUGGGAUGACUUUGUCGACGACCAUCCACGGGUGGCCGAGAUCCUCUCGAUCCGCAAGUAUUUGCCGCCAUUGAACUUCAUCACCAUCCACUAUGCCUACUUCAUCAUCGUGUGCCUCGUCAGCUCCGUCAUCUUCUGGCGGUCGUCGGAGCCCGCCUUCAGCAUCAGCUACACCGACAGCCUGUUCAUCGUGGUGUCUGCCAUGACCGAGGCCGGGCUGAACACGGUCAACCUCAGCACGUUGACCAGCUGGCAGCAGGCGAUGCUUUUUCUCCUCAUCAUGCUUGGUAGUACCAUCUGGGUCUCCAUCUGGACGGUGCUGGCGCGCAAGCACGUCUUCGAGAAGCGCUUCGAGAGCAUCGUGCGUGCCGAGCGCAUGCGCAGCCUCAGCCGACGGGGCAGCAGCUCGUCGCUCCGCCUGCCGAGGCUUCGCAGGGCCCUCUCGUUCCGCAAGGCCAAGACCGUCCCGACGCCAGACAAGGUCCUCCAGGCGACCGGGACCCGUGCAGCGAGGCUGGAGCCGUCGACUUCAGACCCCGACCCGGACAGGUCGCAGGCCGAUGCCCGGAUACCACGGCGUCGACGUGCGUCCUCCUUGCCGGAUCUGGGUCCUGUGGGGCCGGCCAAGCCUCCGCCCGAGCCGGCCAAGGCCGCGCCGGAGCCCGGCCCGGGCGGUCCUGGUGGACACAUUGUCUUCGUCGACACGCCGCGGCCGCCGCAGCAAGAGGGCGGGGAUGCCGUAUCGACUGGGGUCUCCGAGGUCGACGGGGUCCGGCCCAAGCGGAGGAACAUUGCCAGCAAGGCAUCCGCAGACCACUGGCAGGAUGGCGGCCAUCCCACGGUGCGGCAUUUCCUCAGGAGCCGCGCCCCGGGUCGCAAGGGCCAGUUCCACGACCUCACCAGCGAGGAGCGGGAACACCUGGGCGGGUGCGAGUACCGCGCCCUGAAGGCCCUCGCCCUCGUGGUGCCGGCCUACUUCUUCCUCUGGCAGUGCCUGGGGUCUGUUGCGCUCGGGGCGUGGAUGAGCCUCAACAUGCCAAGCACCGCAAGGGCGAACGGCAUAGAUCCGUGGUGGCUGGGCGUCUUCAACGGCGUCUCGGCCUUCAACAACUCGGGCAUGUCGCUCCUCGAUGCCAACAUGAUCCCAUUCCAGGGAGCCUACUUCGUCCUCAUCACGAUGGGGUUGAUGAUCCUGGCCGGCAAUACUGCGUACCCACUCUUUCUCCGCCUCGCCAUAUGGACGGUUCUCCAGCUCCUGAGGGCCGUGACCGCAGAGGACUCCUGCGAAACGACAAAGGCCACCCUCGAGUUCAUUCUGAAAUACCCUCGCCGGGUUUACACAAAUCUCUUCCCCUCCCGCCCCACGUGGUGGCUGUUCUUCAUGCUCGCCUGGUUAAAUGCUGUGGACUGGGCGGCCUUUGAGCUACUCAAUCUCGGAAAUACAGUUAUCACGAGUAUUCCUACGGGGUCUCGCAUCAUUGACGGCCUGUUCCAAGCCCUCGCCGUGCGGUCGGGCGGAUUCUAUAUCGUGCCAAUCUCUCAAGUCUAUAUUGGCCUUCAAAUACUGUACGUUAUCAUGAUGUACAUCUCCGUGUAUCCAGUAGUGAUCACGAUCCGCCACUCCAACCUCUACGAGGAGCGAUCCCUCGGUAUCUACAGCGGCGAUGAGUACUCGGCGUCCGACCCCGACCCCGAGCUUGCGGCCGGCGGCCCGGAGCUCGAGCCGCGCCCCACCAACGGCGACGGCGUCUUGUCGCUGGGCUCGCCCCUGAUGCGCCGCCUGAGCCGCUCCACCGCGGCCGCCGACAUCGGCCGGGUCCUACAGCGGACGUUCACGAUGAACGGGGUCGGCGUACCGCCCACGAGGCACUUCCCGAGCAGCCCCGGGCCGAACAGCCCCCUCGCGCCGGGCCUAUCAUCCGGCGGCGGCGGCGGCGCCAACGCCAACGGCCGCAUCAGCUUCAUCACCCAGCAGGUGCGUGGGCAGCUCGCCCACGACAUCUGGUGGCUGGUGCUGGCGGUCCUGGUGAUCGCCACGAUCGAGACGUCGCACUUCCUCGGCGACCCCGUGACCUUCUCCGUCUUCAACAUCAUCUUCGAGGUCGUCUCGGCCUACGGGACGGUCGGCAUCUCCGUCGGGGUCCCCUGGGACGCGUACAGCUUCUCGGGCGCGUGGUACACCGGCAGCAAGCUCGUGCUGUGCCUCGUCAUGCUGCGCGGCCGGCACCGCGGCCUGCCCGUCGCCCUGGACCACGCCGUGCGCCUGCCGGGCGAGCACCUCCACCGGGAGGAGGAGGAGGACCACCGGAUCCGGAGGAGCAUGACGACGAGGAGGGCGGAUCUGGAGGAGUAGGGUGCGUUGUCUGACUGCCAGUGGAGUGGGAUGGACUUUUUUUUUUUUUGUUAGAUAGAAUGGGAUCUCGGACUGAAUAGACAUUUGGAGGAAACGCAAUCUUCUCAACGGCUGUCUUGAAGCGUGCCCCGGUGCUUGGUUUGACGCCCGCGCUUGCGGCAUGCCAAAACAUGUCAGUGAAAUACGGCCAGCCGCUAAAAAAAAAAAAAAAAAGGCCUGUUCUUGCCGAACUCAUGCCCUGAAGGAGUGAGGCUGAUAAUAUCAUAAAUAUUAGAUAUCAACCUGUGGGAGUAUUUCCUGAAGUGCUGGCCCGCGCUGUUAGUAUAAUCAGGACUUCUAUAAAGCAUCCUCUAGGUAGACUUCAAAUAAGGCUAUUAAAUUGUCAUGACUUAACCUUG